UCUUUGGUGUUGGUUGCUGUGCGGGUGAUUGUGGUGGCGGCGGCAGUGAAUGUCGGUUAUUGUGGUGGUGGUAGUAGUGAUGGUUUCUGUGACGAUUGUAGUGGUGGUCAUUUUGGUGAUGGUUGUUAGUUCGUGGUGGCAGCGGUGAUUGUGAUGGUGGUGGUGGUGACAGCUGCAGUAGCACCUCCGAUGAGCGCGGUUGGCUACGUACGGUGCGAAAGAAGUUCAACGCACGUGCAUGCGUAAGCACAGUAGCCGUAGUGACGAUCGUGCCAGUGAUGGCAGCCGUGGUUGCGGCGUGCGUAGAUUCAUGCAGUCGUUAUCGAUGACUGCGACGUUAGCGAUGGCAGGCAGUCGGGGCAAUAGCGGCGAUGUUAUUAAUAUCGGUGAGUGCAGCGGCCGGCCGCGAUGCGCGAUGUUCAUCAACAACGCCGGGGCAGCGAGCUGACAACUGGGAAGGAACUGCGAAACGCAGCGGAGUUAUUAACAAUUUGGCUUAGCGAGAGGGGGGCGAGGCGGUGUGUGUGUGUGGGGGUGGUGGUGAGAAGCAGGAUGGAACUUUAACGGGAGUAGGAGGAGGAGGAAGAGGGGAAGAGAAGGGGAUGUAGGUUGGGUGGGGGGGAGUGCUCAGAAUCCUGGCAUAAAUAUACAGCGAGCACAGCUGCGCGUGUCUAAACAUAGAAGGCGGCCUAAGUCUCGUCUCCUCUCCGCCGUCACUGCCCGGCUCCAGCGGCGCUGGCGAGAGAGUUUGGCGGCACGCGGAGCGCGGCGAUGCUCGUGGGGGGGGGGGAUGGGGGGGGUGGUUAUAAGGUGACGAAAGCAAUGAUGAUGAUGAUGACGGCGAGAAAGAAUUGAAGAGGUGCCCCUGUCGAUCAUUGAGCGAUCUAUGGACCCUGACUGCAGCAGCGACGUCGGUGGUUGUUUAACCGUGGGUGAGCGAGGGGCUACCGAUGCAUCGGUGCAGGCGAAGGCUGUUUUGUUGUUUCCGAGUGUUUCAAACAAAUCGAAGCGAUGACGAAAACCAGGAGGGCUUAGGGUGGUCACGUGGCUUUAGCUGCUCAAGAAAGCCUCGCAAGCGCUCGCAAAGGACCUUGACUCGGCGUAAAGAAGAUUUGGAUUUAGGCCCCCGAUUACCUGGCAGCAGCUGCUGCCGGGUAGGAUGAAGCUACCGGACUUCGCGGUCCACGAAAGUUGCUGCACGGUUGCUGUCCGCGGUGGCGUUGGGGAGGGGGGUUGUGUGCGCGUUAUUCUUCAUCUUAUCUGACCACGUGGGUGAAUGAUAAUCCCGUGAGUUUGGACCAGCGAGCUGCAGUGAGGUGCAGGUGUCUUCCCCUGUGUGGUGUCCGCCUGCCGUGGAAGGUGUGUGCUCCUCGGCGGAUGCGAUUGACCGACAGUGAAAGAUAGACGCACAGACAGGCAGACGACUCGACAGACGCAUGGAUAGAUGGGCAGGUAGACGGACAGACACAGUCGAAUACGCAAGACAGAUGGACGAAUAGGCAGAUGAACACGCACAUAUAGCUAGGCGAUGAGGGAGCCAGACGGACAGAUAUCCACGCAGACAUACAGCUAGACACACAACUAGACAGCGAGCCACAUAACAAGUCAGCCAAGCGGCCAAUCGGACAGCCAGACAGCCAAGCCAGACGGACGACCGAAAGAGCCCAAGAAGCCAGACAGCGGUAGACGGACACGCGGAGAGACUGCCCCGGCGUGUCCCGGGCGAGCCCCAUGCUGUCCCUGCUGUGCGGGAGGACCAUGCCGGCCGAGCGGGGUGCCCUGUGCCGCGAGGACACGAUACGCAUCGUGGAGGACAUGAAUAUGCUCUACAUCCGCCAGCUCGCCACCAGCCUUCAGGACGCGGGGCUGCAGGCGCGCAUCGAGCGGGAGAUGCGCGUGCGGGAGGGCGCUUGCCGGCUGCUGGCGGCCUGCUCGCGCGCCGAGCAGGCGCUGGACGCGGCGCGCAGCCUCCUGGUGUGCGACGCGCGCGUCCUCGCGUGCAUGGCCGAGCUGCAGCGGCGCCAGGAGGCGCAGGUGCUGCGGCGCGCUCAGCGCAGGUCAUCGGACGGGGGCCCCCAGGAGAGAGUUUCCUGCACAGGCACCGUCGCCAUCACAGAUAUCCGAAUUCCGUUGAUGUGGAAGGAUACGCAACACUUCAAGAACAAGGGCGAGUCUCCGCGGCACGCCGUGUUUUGCCUGCUGCGUCUCGGCUCCGAGAUCGUCGACACGGAGAUGGUCCUGGUCGACCGCUCCGUCACGGACGUGUGCUUCGAGGCUCCCGCCGUCUUCCGCGAGGCGAGCCCCGCGUUCCGCCUGCGCGUGGAGGUCUACAGCUGCUGCGCCGCCGAAGAGUCGUGCCGAGUGGGAGGCGGCGCGGCCGGCACCCAGGUGGGGCCCAGGGGUCUCGCCGGGCGGAUCAGCGGCUCGCUGGGCCGCUCGGCCGGGCGCAGGGCCCGGGCCGCCCUGGACACGUCGCCUCGGGGGGACGCGGGAGCCUCCGGCACCGCCGCCGCUACCUCGCCGCCCGUCACCACCGUGGUCAGCGGGCCCAAGUAUCAGCUCCUCGCUCACACCUCCCUCACCCUGGACGACGUCCAGGACGGCUUCCGCACGCACGACCUCACCAUCACGGCCACAGAGGAGUGCUCCUUCUGGCUACCGCUCUACGGGAGCAUCUGCUGCCGCCUCGUGGCCCAGCCGCUGUGCAUGACCGACGUGCGGAUGUCUGGUUCCCUCACGCUCCAGCAGCAGCAGCAGCAGGGCCCCUCCGCUGAGUGCCCCCUCACGCCACUCCACGCCGCACUCAGGGCCGGCGCUCUCUCAGCCUACGCGAGCCGGACGGCGCUGGACGAGGGCCGGGCGCCGCUGCUCAGCAUCGCCAUCACCAAGGAGACGCGUCUGCGCGUCCUGGAGCGGGACGCCUCGCGGCACCGCGGGCCGGGCUUCACCGUCACCAACGUGGAGGCGGGGGCGGGGCGCACGCACGCCCUCACCACGCCGAGCCCCGGCGACGCGCACCGCUGGCUCGAGGCGCUGUGGCAGCACCAGCUGGACACCGAGUCGUGGAGGCAGUGCUGCAGCAGCCUCAUGAAGAUCGACGCCUCGGCACUGAGGAAGCAGCCGUCGUUCGGGGGCCACAGGGGAAUCUCUCUCUACGAGCAGAUGCGAAUCGACCUCCCCGAGAUCCCAGCGGAAAGCAGGAGCGACCCGGAGACUCAGGCGGACGAGGGGGCGGCACCGAGCACCAGCGGCAGCUCCCACAAUGCCCUGCGGCGCCCGCCAAGCAGGGGGCGGUACUUCCUGCCGGCGCCGUCGGCGGCUCCGGCGGCGGCGGAUUACGACAGCUCGACGUCCGACAGCGACACAAGCAGCCCGGCGCUCCGGUCCAAGAAGCGCCGGGCGCCACCGCCACCGCCGGGCGGCCCGGUAGACGAGACGGCGAGCGCCGACGACGCGGAGCCCGUGUGGAGGCCACGCUCCAUGUCGCUGGACCCCAAGCUGGUGAGUGGACCGCAACGCCCGGGGGGCGCCGCGCCGGCGCGCCGCGACGGAAAGGGCGCCAUCGACGCGACGGCGGCGGCGGAAGAAGAAGAAGAAGGAGGCGAAGCCGCCGCCGCCGCCGGCGGCGCCGGCCGUCGUCACCACGCUUCGUCGGGCAGCACCGCUUCCAGCGUCGGCAGCACCGCAUCCAGCACGAGCAGCGGCGUCGGCAGCAGCAGCAGCGGCGGUGGAAGCUCGGCGAGCGAGGCCGCGCUCGCGGAGACGGACAAGGGAUCGGACGACGGACAGAGCGGAGACCGGCGCCGCUCAGCUCUGGCGAGCACCGAUCGAGGAGCCGCGCCGUGGCGCCGGCGGGACGAAAAGCCCGAGCCGGAUUCCGCGAACCGGAGCGGGAUGAUUGACGCGUUUGGCAAUGGCGGGCGCGGAACGCGGUGCCUGCAGACACCGGUGUGAGCGCGGCCGAGCCGGGACGCUCCGUUUCAGCUUCGUUUUCAUUUUGUGUUUUGAGCCGCUCUGAGUUGCUGGUACAAUGACGGUUCGUGACGUAGUUUUGUUUUUGUUUUCGCGCUGAAUAGUUCACGUAAACCACUCGGGAGGGGUGUAAUGAUUAAAUCGCCUGAUCGAAUCGAUUGCUAGUCUCGCGUGGAAUCGCGAGUGCAAGAAUCGUCUGAUUCUGAUAGGUGUAUGCAGUGCUGUGACGCGGUGUGCAAGCAAUGCUACCACUACGUAGGGUUCUCAGUCGCAUACAUAAAUAACCAAGCCUAGAUCGAGUUGUGACUAUUCAUCGAAUCGGAAGAGGGCGACUCGUUACAUCCCAACCACUUAGCGUUGUCGCGUGUUCGUGAAGAUCAAGUUCUAAUUGGUUAUUGUGAUUAUUAUUGUUGUUCUUGUUUUUGGGUACUUGAUAAUGAAGCACGCUAGCCUGCAACAGAGUGCGUUCUUUGUGAUUCGUGAUCGGUUGCAUCAUUAUCGGUGUGUCAGUUGAGCUCAUCACAAUACAGCAUUAUUAUUACCACUUCAUUACCUUUAUUUAUCGUCGACAUGCAAUGGAUUCCUGUAGACUGAACGGUUCACUAGGUGCUAAGACAAUAACUUACGAUUAAUAUAUUUUUUUUUAUAUACGAUUAGACCAAUCCUAUCGAAUCACCGGAGCCAACGUGGGUUGAGCCUGGGCAAGCGCUCGUUCGGGUGACCCGUCGCGCACUCUCGGUUGUCACAGGCUGCCCUACGUUGCGGGCAGCACCGCGCAAUUCCACCCCUCUGCUUCCACGGUCUGUGCUCCCCGCCUUCACCAACCCCCCCCCAACCCCCCACUUUGGCCAGCGCAGUGAAGUGCGGUCAAACAACCCCCACGACCGACACGGUGUGGCGGGAAGGAGGCCUUCGUCCAGCGGAGGAUUGACGAAAAGAGAGCGGCACAUGCAGAUAUUGUUUUUGCUUGUUGGAAUAAAGAGAGUGCCAUGAGCAAUUACACAACAACAACAACAACAACCGCCAUUCACCACUAAGUGGCGGUGAUGUCACCACGACGCUUGUGCCAGGACAUGUGCACCUUGAAGCCAAUUGCACGCACACGAGGAGACACACACACACACACAUUGGCACACGGACGGACGUCCGCUCGUGACAUUUACCCCCUGUAUGAGCAGGCCCCAUAAAUCCCAUUAGAUGCGAGAUUUACGUGACCGCAGAACAACUGCCGAGUAUUGUUUUCCCGUGUCGCGCCCGAAACGGGAACCGAAUUCGGUUCCUGAAGUGCGUAGAACGAAACGUCGGACAUCGUGCCGAGCAACCCAUGCGACGCGACCCCACAAACGCCAACGGAGAGAGCGGCCGUAGGUUGGUUCGUCGUCGCGUCAACUUCACAACGUGUCUGGUCGCGCUCCGUGAAUGCUUUCAACGCUUUCCCUAGCAGGGGAAGCACAAAAGCCGAAAACGUCAGAUUCACAAUUUCAACGAAAGGGCCCGGGACUCAUCGGUAACGCCCCGGGCGCCCGGUCUCCCCUCCGUUGGUGGUGGUGGUGGUGAUGCAGACGUCGGUGGGUUACAUAAACAAAUAUAUAAAUGGGAUCAAAACGAACGUUCAUCAAUGACGCGCGAAUCACUCUUAACAAAACUCAUCUCUGUUGGCACCCCUGAGCCAGUGGUGGAAAUUCCACAUUCCUACGGUGGGAGCCCCCUCCCCCCGAGUCUGUUAAGUGUCUGUGUUGUGUCCAAUUUAAAUAAUGCGGUGUUAAGCUCUGGAGAGUAAACGGUUAAAUAUGCAGUAAAGUCUUUUCGCUUUCCAGUGUUUUUAGUUUAAAAAAAAACGAGACGUGAUGUUGGCUGCACGUGUGGGCGCGGUACGGAUUUGGCAAUAAAGUUUAAGGGUGCAGGAUGA